CCGAGGCAAAAGGUAAACAACGCCGGAGUCACGGAACCCUCAGCGUCCUCCCAUUUCCUCGUCUUUCCUCGCAUUUCCUCGCCACUACACUCAAAAUCUGCGCCAUGGCUCCUCUAGCUCAAAUACUGUAAUGGCAUCCAGGGACAGCAGCACUCCAGGAGGAGGUGGUGGGACUGUAGGAACUGCACUUCAGCAAAACCCUCAGACUUCAAACAUGACGGCAGCUGGCGUGGCGACGGGAGUGUCAGGGAUGGCGGUGGCAACCUCAGCUUCAGCUGGAGGUUCACAGGCCACUGGGACGGGGGGAGAAGCUGCAGGAAGAGUCAGUAAUGUUCAGCGCAUACAGCAGAAGAAGGCCCAGGUGCGAGCAUGGCCAAGAGACAAGAAGAUGGAGAAACUUGCUAUUUAUUCCACGUGUAGGGCGGAUGAGAACUGCAGAUGCAAUGGCUGGAAAAAUCCCACCCCCCCUGCACAGCCAGCACGUCCUGAUACCCCCCAGCCAGCAGCCCCUCCCUCUCAGCCAUGCAGGAGCUGCGGCCACACGCUGGGCGACCACGUAAGCCAUUUAGAGUCGGCCGUUGACGACGACCUGGACCGGUUGCUCUCCAUUGUUGUUGACGUCGAGAAUCUCUUUAUCUGUUUACACCGUGAGGAGGAUCCUGAUACUAAGCAGGUGUAUUCAUACCUGUUCCGGCGGCUUAGGAAGUGCAUUCUCCAGGUCAGCCCCCCUACUGUGGAGGGACCCCUAGGGACGCCCCCCUUCGAGAGGCCCUCCAUCUUCAAGGGAGUGACCAACUUUGUCCUGCACAAGUUCAAUCAUUUUCAACAGAAGGACUUUCAGAUGAUGAGUGACUUGGCCAAGAUGUUCCUUCAUUGCCUUAACCACUGGCGUCUGGAAACCCCAUCGGCACGGCGCGCACACACUACCCCGGAGGAGAGUUCAGCAUAUAAAGUUAAUUACAUGAGGUGGCUGUGCUUCAGCUAUGUACCUCAGCUGUGCGAUUCCCUCCCACACCAUGAAACCACAGCUAUCUUCGGGCGGACUUUCCUGCGAGCUGUUUUCCACACCUUGCGCAAGCAGCUCUUAGACAAGUUCAGGGCAGAGAAGGACAAGAUGCCUGCCGAGAAGAAGUUAUUGCUGCUUAAUCAGUUCCCAAAGUUCUUGUCCAUGUUGGAAGAAGAAGUUUACUCAAACUCUUCCCCCAUCUGGGAUGCAGACUACCGCCCGCAGCUUCCCCCACACCUCCACAACCAGGCAGCUGAAAGAGCUGGUAAUACUGCUAGUCGUGGAGAGUUUGAGAGGUUAUCGGUGCAGCCUGGAGAGGGACAGUACACAGUAGUGAGUUUGACGUCUAGUAGUGCCAGGAGGGCCCGGCCAGAUGACAGGGGAGAAAAGCGGGAAGGAGACGACCUUUCGGAGAGCAGCAGCAAGAGACUGAAAAUCGAGACGGAAGACUUGGGAGAGGAGACCGUUGCCGAGGUCGUUGCCACCAUUACCGACCCCAGGCAGAUGGUUGGCCCUGAGGUCCUCUUCUCUGAAAAUGCAGCGAGAGACGAAGCCGCUAAGUUGGAGGAGCGUAAAGGCAACAUCGAGUUCCAUGUGAUUGGGAACUCCCUCACGCAGAAGGUGUCGAAGCAGACCAUGUUGUGGCUCAUUGGCCUCCAGAAUGUCUUCUCACACCAGCUGCCCCGUAUGCCAAAGGAUUAUAUUACAAGAUUGGUGUUUGACCCGAAGCAUCGAACACUCGCCUUGAUCAAGGACAACAGGCCCAUCGGAGGCAUAUGCUUCAGGAUGUUCCCCACUCAGGGAUUCUCAGAGAUCGUAUUCUGUGCUGUAACCUCCAACGAGCAGGUUAAGGGAUACGGCACACACAUGAUGAACCAUUUGAAAGACUAUCAUGUGAAGAAUAACAUACAGCAUUUCCUAACCUUUGCUGAUGAAUUUGCAAUCGGGUAUUUCAAGAAGCAAGGUUUCAGCAAGGACAUCCAAGUGCCAAGAUCGGUUUACCAAGGUUACAUCAAGGACUACGAAGGGGCAACACUCAUGGGAUGUGAGCUCAAUCCCAGCAUUGUGUACACGGAAUUCACAGCAGUCAUCCGGCGGCAAAAGGAGAUAAUUAAGAAACUAAUUGAGAGGAAGCAGAGCGAGAUCCGCAAAGUGCACCCGGGGCUGACCUGCUUCCGCGAAGGUGUGGGAGAGCUGCCCAUCGAGAGCAUCCCGGGUAUCCGAGAAGCUGGCUGGAAACCCCCCGUUCCCGCAACUCGCUCGGCGCGCUCCCCCGACCGCGAGCACCAGGAUCCUGACUAUUUGUACGGGAUGCUGAAGACGCUCCUCAACAAUGUUAAAAGUCAUGCAGCUGCCUGGCCCUUUCAAGUACCAGUUGAUCCCAAUGAAGUACCAGAUUAUUAUGAUCACAUCAAAUACCCAAUGGACUUGAAGACCAUGACGGAGCGCCUGAAGGCCCGCUAUUACGUGAAAGCCCGGCUCUUUAACGCCGACAUGUUGCGGAUCUUCAAGAAUUGCAGAUUCUACAAUCACCCCGAGACCGAGUACUACAAGUGUGCGAACAACCUGGAAAAAUACUAUUUGUCCAAAAUGAAGGAAACGAGUCUUCUAGAAGGAAAUAAAUUGUAAUACCCAUUAAAUAUAUUGUAUUUUAAGGGGGGGGGUGGGGGAGGUCAGUAUGAAUUAUUGUAAUGUAAUUUAUCCUUUUAGAAGGAUCUAGUUAAGAUUAUUUUGAUAUUAUUGUUAUUAUUAUUAUUAUUAUUAUUAUUAUUAUUAUUAUUAUUAUUAUUAUUAUCAUUAGUAUUAUUAUCAUUAGUAUUAUUAUUAUUAUCAUUAUUAUUAUUAUUAUUAUUAUUAUUAUUAUUAUUAUUAUUAUUAUUAUUAUUAUUAUUGUAUUUUUUUAUUUUUUUAUUUUUGGUCAAUGUUAUUUUUUAAUCUAUACAAUAAAUUUUUGUAGUCCAUGCUAGUUCAAUAUAUUUACAGCUGAAAUUAUACAACAGUGAAAAAUAUAUAUAUUCAGGCAUUUUACAUUUUACUCUUUAUUCAAUCUUGUUUUUCAUUUAAAAAACAAAAACAAAACAAAAGGAAACAAGGAGAGAUAACGUAGACGCAUUUAAGCCUUCCUCUUAAAAUUUGCCGUUAAAGAAAUGGAAAAUAAUACUCGGAUAUUUACAGGCAAAUCUUUUUAAAAAGGAUAUUUACAAGGCUAAUUGAGUAUUUUACGCGGAUGGAACGUUUGAAUCAUUUCGGUUUAUCCUUACUCUUUCUGUGCAAUCUUGAAUAGGAAGAUUGUAAAUAGUUUGUUAAUAACAGUACAAGUGUGUUCUUUUUUUUAUUGUUGUUAGUGUUAUUAAUAAUGUCAGUGUUGUUAUUAGUGUUGUCAUUAUUAUUAUUAUUAUUAUUAUUAUUAUUAUUAUUAUCAUUAUUAUUACUAUUAUCAUCAUUAUUAUUAUCAUUAUCAUUAUUAUUAUUAUCAUUAUCAUCUUUAAUAUUAUUCAUUAUUAGUUCCUAUUAUCAUUACUGAUAUUAUUGUUAUGAUGAUUAUUGUUAUGGAUAUUAUUUUUAUCUUAUUAAAAUCAAUCUCACUUUUCUGAAAGGAGAAGAAAAAGCUAGAACUGUAAAUACACAAAGAAGGCACAAAGCUUCAGUCAUUUUAUAUUAGUAUUAUAAUUUUUUUUAUUUUUUUAUUUUUUUUUAUUUAUUUAUUUAUUUAUUUUUUAUUGUGACAAACUUUUUUUUGAUGUCUUAUUCGAACAAUCAAAUCACAGUAGAUUUGGCCCUUUUUUUUCUCAGAGUGUAUGGAUUUUUGUGUAAAUAUGUAUCAGUAUGUCUACAUAGUACUAGUACCAGUAAAUUAUCUAUUGUCAGCAUCCUAGUACAAAACAGUACUAGUAGACUCCUACGGUAAACAAUAAAUAUGUAUAAAAA